AUGGAGUCGAAUGUAACAGCAGCGGGAGACGACGUGAUUGUUUCAUCGAAUGAUGGUGGAGGUGUUGAUUACGAAGAAGCUUAUCUUUUUGCAGAACGAACGAGGAAUAACAAUAGCUUGAGUCCUGAACAAGCGUUCGCUCAUAUGGUCAAAGCUAUGUUGGGCACUGGGUUACUUUCAUUGCCUCUUGCUUUUAAACAUGCUGGACUAUGGUUGGGUUUGGUUCUAAUGGUUAUACUGUGUGCCAUAUGCUUAUAUUGCAUGAGAUUGGUAGUUUAUGCUGCACAUUACAUCUGUCGAAGAAACGGAAGAGAUGUUAUUGAUUAUGCUAACGUCAUGCGGAGUGCCGUAGAAAGCGGACCAACCUGGAUAAGUAUCCAUGGAUAUUUCUUUAAACAGCUGUUAAAUAUUAAUAUGUUUUGUGCGCAACUUGGAUUCUGUUGUGUAUAUUUUGUGUUUAUGGCUGAUAAUAUUCAAAGCUUUUUCGAUAUGAACACGAUAAUUCAUAUGCCGAGAUCAGUUUGGAUGGUAUUGCUUCUUAUUCCGAUACUGUCGAUCUGCUCGAUUCGUCAUUUAAAUAAGCUAGCUCCAUUUGCUCUUCUUGCCAACUGCUUAUAUUUAUCCGCCGUAUUUAUCUUGUUGUACUUCUUCUUCACUCAUUUGAAACCGUCGUCUGGUUUUCCAGCUAUUGGACAGAUUGAAAAUAUUCCUCUUUAUUUCGGAACAGUUUUGUUCGCUUUUGAGGGAGUCGCCGUGAUUUUACCGGUAGAAAGUCGUAUGAGUCAGCCACAACUUUUUAUUAAAUGGAAUGGAGUUUUGAAUUGUUCAUGUUUGGUUGUGAUGAUUAUAUUUGCGAUGAUGGGAUUUUACGGUUACCUUGCUGUUGGUAAUGAAGUUAGCGAUACCAUCACUCUGAACGUACCACACGAACCAAUGUACCAAAGCAUUAAGCUCAUUUUUUCGAUAUGUGUGAUGGUGUCAUAUCCUUUACAAUUUUUCAUUCCAAUGGAACGAGUCGAAAAAUGGAUGACUAGAAAAAUCCCAGUCGAAAACCAGACAGCGUACAUUUAUUUUGCGCGAUACGGAAUUGUGUUGUUGACAUGUGCAAUUGCAGAACUUAUUCCCCAUCUUGCCUUAUUUAUCUCAUUUGUUGGAGCAUUCUCAGGAUCUUCGAUGGCUCUGCUCUUCCCACCUUUCAUUGAUCUCCUUGUCUCGCAUUCUCGAGGCAAAUUAGUGCUCAAGGUUUGGCUAAUCGACUUAACAUUACUACUUUUUGCACUGAUUGGUCUGGUAGCAGGAACAUACACUGCAUUGAUUGAAAUAUUCAGAAAGAUUGGACAGCCAGUGUAG